AUGAGCUGCAAUGAAUGCAAAUUACGGCCCGCUGUAACUAUCCGCCCAUCCAACAAAAUGAAGUUGUGCAAAGAGUGCUUUACAUCUGCUAUUGAGGAAGAGGUGCAUUCCACCAUUCAAAAAACACAGAUGUUCAGCACGGUGAAGACUUUGGUAAUUGGAGUCAGCGGAGGAAAAGACUCCACUGUUCUGGCGCAUAUCAUUAAUUUGCUAAAUUCAAAAUACAGAUAUGGAUUAAAUUUGAAGCUACUGUGCAUCGACGAGGGAAUAUCAGGAUACAGAGAUAAGUCCAUAGAGGUAGUCCAUAGAAACGAAAAAGACCUAUCUAUCCCGCUGAAAAUACUUAGCUACGAAGAGCUCUACGGACAGACAAUGGACACAGUGGUGUCCAAAGUAGGAAGAAAGAGCAACUGCACGUACUGCGGUGUGUUCAGGAGAGGCGCACUGGAAGACGGCGCAAAGUUCCUCAAAGGAGAGAUGAUAGCAACAGGCCACAAUGCAGAUGACAUCGCUGAAACAGUUCUUCUGAACUAUUUCCGAGGAGACAUGAAUCGCCUCGUUAAAUGCACGCAUCCAAUAACGGCAACAAGCAAUCCCGAUGUAAUUCCCAGGUGCAAGCCACUCGCAGGGGUGUACGAGAAGGAGAUAGUGAUGUAUGCAUUCUACAACAAGCUGCCAUACUUCUCCACCGAGUGCAAGUACUCCCCAGGCGCAUUCAGAGGCUUUGCAAGAUCUUACAUCAAGGCGCUUGAAAAGAUAAAUUCCCAGGUGAUUUUGAAAAUAAUCAAAUCAGGAAACCACAUCCAAAAGCCAGCAUAUUUUAUGAAGAGCAAGCCUUGCAUUGCAUGCGGAAAGAACUGCUCCAGCACCGAAGGCACUUGUAAAUCUUGCCUCCUCCUUAAGUCCUUAUAA